AUGGCCAGCGGUAGGCCUCCCGGGUCGCAUCCAGCCGCUGGCCACGAUGAUGACCUGCUGCUGGAUUCAGGCCCGACGUAUAGCACUGGUCGGGGCCCGCCCGUGAACGACGACCACCUCUUGCAACAGUUCAAUAUCGACGACUCCGACGAACCGCACGCGCAGCCACGCCCCUCGGUCUCUUAUGAUCAAUUUGUCGGAAGCAGCGCAUCCCAAGGUGCCCAUGCUAGCAAUGCUCCCGGUCUGGCGCAUCCCCCCACCAUCCCCGAGCACCUCCGCGAUCCUUACACUGGCGCCUCGAUGGAUCGGACCUACUCCCAGACUUCGGGACUGGGGAACUAUCAGCGAUACUCACUGGAUGAGUUUGAAGAUUCACGCUCGAUACAGGGAUACUACGACCUCGAUGCUGAUGAUGGAGCCUCCGGUACGCACCGUCUCCGAGAGGCGAAAGAGCGGAAUAGUAUCCUAGGACUCGGCGGCGGACUGAUGGGGAAAGCCAAAUACAUGUUUGGCAUGGGACCACAAUACUCGGAGAUGGACCUUCCCUUGACAGAGGCCGGGGCCCGAAGGGCAACGGUGGAUAGCGCCGCGGAGGCGGCCGCGGCUCGACCUCAACGAAAGAAAUUCCAGGCCUCUGAUCUCAAAUUCAGUUUUGGACGAGGGAAGACCGACCCAUCGAAAUUGGGACCUCGUCUGAUUCAGCUCAAUAACCCACCCGCAAAUGCCGUGCACAAAUUCGUCAACAACCACGUUUCGACCGCCAAAUACAACAUCUUCACCUUCCUGCCCAAGUUCCUCUUCGAGCAAUUCUCCAAAUACGCCAACCUUUUCUUCUUGUUCACCGCCGUCCUGCAGCAGAUCCCCAAUGUAUCGCCGACCAAUCGCUGGACCACCGUUGUGCCGUUGAGUAUUGUCCUGUUCGUAUCGGCAACCAAGGAGCUAGUCGAAGACUAUAAACGGAGGACGUCAGAUAAAGGGCUGAAUUAUUCAAAGACCCAAGUUCUUAAGGGUUCUUCCUUUCACGAAACAAAAUGGGUGGAUGUCGCAGUAGGAGACGUGGUCCGGGUCGAGUCCGAACAACCAUUCCCAGCAGACUUGGCUUUGUUGGCAUCGUCGGAGCCCGAGGGAUUAUGUUACAUCGAGACCGCCAACCUGGAUGGCGAGACCAACUUGAAAAUCAAGCAAGCCAUUCCAGAGACCGCGAAUCUGGUCAACCCCAGUGACCUGAGUCGCUUGAGCGGGCGGAUCAGGUCUGAACAGCCCAACAGCAGUCUGUACACCUACGAAGCCACUCUGACCAUGAACGCUGGAGGUGGCGAGAAGGAACUGCCUCUGGCACCAGACCAACUCCUGCUUCGAGGUGCGACUCUGCGCAACACCCCUUGGAUCCAUGGCAUUGUUGUGUUCACGGGCCACGAGACCAAGUUGAUGCGGAAUGCUACUGCGACCCCGAUCAAGCGGACUGCUGUGGAGCGAAUGGUCAACAUCCAGAUUCUCAUGCUCGUGAGCAUUCUCAUCAUUCUCAGUGUGAUCAGUUCCGUUGGCGACCUGGUCGUCCGGAAGAGCGAGGCCGAAAGUCUGGCUUAUCUCGACUACGGGUCUGUCAACUCUGUCAGGCAGUUCUUCAUGGACAUCUUCACUUACUGGGUGCUUUACUCGAAUCUGGUUCCGAUCUCCCUUUUCGUGACGAUUGAAAUCGUCAAAUACUUCCAAGCAUUCCUCGUCAAUUCCGACCUCGAUAUUUACUACGACAAAACAGACACCCCCGCGACCUGUCGUACCUCAUCUCUUGUUGAAGAACUUGGUCAGAUCGAAUACAUCUUUUCGGACAAGACAGGUACUCUGACCUGCAACCAGAUGGAGUUCAAACAAUGCACUAUUGCAGGCAUCCAAUACGGAGACGACGUCCCCGAGGAUCGACGAGCAACAGUAGAGGAUGGCGCCGAGGUUGGGAUCCAUGACUUCAAGGAACUCAGGAAGAAUGUUCAAUCCCAUCCCACCCAGAAUGCCAUACAACAAUUCCUGAUCCUCCUGGCUACCUGUCACACGGUUAUCCCUGAAAGAUCUGGCAAAGACCCCAACGAAAUCAAGUACCAAGCGGCAUCGCCAGACGAAGGCGCUUUGGUGGAUGGCGCCGCCUCACUUGGGUAUCGGUUUACCAACCGAAGACCACGCUCGGUGAUCUUCGAAGCCGGAGGACAAGAGUUUGAGUAUGAAUUGCUGGCAGUGUGCGAGUUCAAUUCGACCCGGAAGCGAAUGUCGACCAUCUUCCGAUGCCCCGAUGGAAAAAUUCGCAUUUAUUGCAAGGGUGCUGACACCGUCAUUCUUGAACGGCUCCACCCGGACAACCCCACCGUGGAAGUGACCCUCCAACAUCUCGAGGAGUAUGCUUCGGAAGGUCUACGAACCCUUUGCCUGGCCAUGCGGGAGAUCUCGGAGGAUGAAUUCCAGCAGUGGAACCAGAUCUUUGACAAGGCUGCCACUACCGUUGGUGGUAACCGUGCUGAAGAGCUUGACAAAGCCUCGGAGUUGAUUGAGAAAGACUUUUAUCUCCUUGGUGCGACUGCAAUCGAGGACCGGCUCCAGGAUGGAGUUCCAGAUACCAUCCAUACCCUCCAAACGGCAGGCAUCAAGGUCUGGGUUUUGACCGGUGAUCGACAGGAGACGGCCAUCAAUAUCGGCAUGUCCUGCAAGCUUAUCUCAGAAGACAUGACCCUCCUUAUUGUUAACGAGGAGUCGGCCGACGCUACUCGUGACAACUUACGAAAGAAACUAGAUGCAGUGAAGAGCCAAGCUGGCUCCGGAGACAUCGAGGCAUUGGCUUUGGUCAUCGAUGGGCGGUCAUUGACGUUUGCGCUGGAGAAGGACAUGGAAAAGCUGUUUUUGGACCUGGCCGUGAUGUGCAAGGCGGUGGUUUGCUGUCGUGUCUCUCCCCUCCAGAAAGCCCUUGUCGUCAAGCUUGUCAAGCGACACUUGAAGUCAUUGCUCUUGGCAAUUGGUGACGGUGCCAACGACGUGUCCAUGAUCCAGGCCGCGCAUGUUGGUGUCGGUAUCAGUGGUGUUGAAGGUCUUCAGGCUGCACGGUCUGCCGAUGUGGCAAUUGCUCAGUUCCGAUUCCUGCGCAAGUUGCUCCUCGUCCAUGGGGCUUGGAGUUACUCCCGGAUCAGUCGAGUGAUUCUGUAUUCCUUCUACAAGAACAUCACGCUGUAUAUGACACAGUUCUGGUAUUCCUUCCAAAACGCAUUCUCCGGAGAAGUUAUCUACGAAUCUUGGACCCUCACCUUCUACAACGUGAUUUUCACUGUCCUCCCUCCUUUCGCUAUGGGAAUUUGUGAUCAAUAUAUUUCCGCUCGCUUGCUGGACCGCUACCCACAGCUGUACCAGCUGGGUCAGAAAGGGCUCUUUUUCCGGAAGCACAGCUUCUGGGCCUGGGUUCUGAACGGAUUCUUCCAUUCACUCAUCCUCUACAUCGUCUCGGAGCUGCUUUAUUUCUGGGAUCUCCCGAUGGCGGAUGGCAAAGUUGCCGGCCAUUGGGUGUGGGGUGCGUCGCUGUACACCGCCGUACUGGCUACUGUUCUUGGGAAAGCCGCUCUCAUCACCAACAUCUGGACCAAAUACACCUUCAUCGCCAUCCCCGGGUCCAUGCUCCUCUGGCUUAUCUUCUUGCCGGCGUACGGUUACGCUGCUCCUGCCAUUGGCUUCUCCUUCGAAUACUACGGCACUAUCCCUGUUCUCUUCAAGUCGCCCAUUUUCUACCUGAUGGCCAUCAUUCUGCCUUGUCUAUGUCUCUUGCGUGACUACUCAUGGAAGUACGCCAAGCGCAUGUACUACCCACAGCAUUACCACCACGUGCAAGAGAUCCAAAAGUACAACGUGCAAGACUACCGACCGCGUAUGGAGCAAUUCCAAAAAGCGAUUCGCAAAGUCCGCCAAGUCCAGCGCAUGCGCAAACAACGUGGCUACGCCUUUUCGCAAGCCGAUGAUGGUGGCCAAAUGCGCGUCCUGAAUGCAUAUGAUACCACGCGCGGUCGUGGCCGAUACGGUGAGAUGACCAGCUCCCGGGCUAUGCCGUCGUGA